UGGAAAUUGAAUGGAUGCACUGACUCAGUGCGUCGGUUUGAUUUGUUGGGUUACGUAUUCCAAAUAAGGCAAUGGAAAUGACGGAUGAUCCUCUAGUUCUAGUUUUCAAAGCCUUGGACACGGAAAAUAAAGGCUAUAUUACUGUGGAGCAAUUCGUAUCAACUUUUAAAGAAUUUUAUAAUUCAUGUGGAGCUGAUGGAGAAAGGCGAUCAUCACUUUCUUCGAACGAUAUCAUGAAAGUAGUGCAGACUUUAGAUCCAGAAAAUGACGGAAUUAUACAUUAUGAAGAUUUUAAGAAGGCUUUUGAGGGAAACAUAAACUUUGAUGAAGACAGUACAUCAAAGCACUCAAAUUCUCUAUCUAGGAAUUCAGAUGGGCAAAACGCAUCUGUAAGGUCGAGCUUCCUUUCAGACGGUUUGGAGAACAAGACUGAUGAUAGUGGUGUGCAUAUGCACGAUCCAACUUUAUUUGAUAUUGACACUGACUCUGCCUUAAGCGCCGAUGGACCAAACAAUUGUAGUACCCGUUUGCAACGGGGUGAGAUUAGAAGCAGUUGGCCAAAGCAUAGUGCAAAUCCCUUAUCAAGUCUACAUCAUGGUCCAGAUUCUCCAGCGAGCGCUUCACAAUCGGAUAUAUUACUCGGUGAUAUGGAGUCUAAUUUUGAAUUGAUUCGAGAUCAAAUGCGCCGAAUGGAAGAACGUGUAGAAGGUCUAAAAAUCAACAGAAAUACUGAAAGUGAAACGCGCUUAGAUCGUUUACGUGAAGAGAAUGCUCGUUUAACUGCACAAAUCACUGUUUUAGAAGAACGUCUUAAAGAGGCUGAUGCAAGGUCGAGCCGUGCAUUAGAAGCUGAACGACAGCAUAUGCAAUCAAUUUUGUCACGCUCUUCGCGAGAACAUACUCAAGAAUCAGAAACGUUACGUGCUCGGAUUAUUUCUUUAGAAAGUGAAUGUUCCGAAUUACGUGUUCAGUCAGCUCGUAUCAAAGCAGACAACCAAACGUAUAUUAUUGAUCUUCGAAGAACCAAUGAACAAUUAACUGAAUCACAAGAACAAGCACGUAGUUUUCAAGAAGAAUUAAAAUUAUUAACGACUAAACAUACUAGAGAAAUGGAAGUUCUUCGAAAAGAUCGUGAUCAUGCGGUACAUGUAUUAGAAGAGCUGAAUGGUUCUAUGGGUGGUAAACGAAGAAGUCGAGUCGGUUCAGGUUCGGGUACACUUACAGCAGCCGCAGCUAGCACUGGUUCAACUGAAGUGUUAGCACGUUAUCAAGAGGUUCAAGAAAUUGUUCGUCGACUAACUGCUGAAAAUAAAAUAUUACGACAACAAGUGGAGGAAGCUCAAGAAGAAUUACUUACACAAUCACUUCAACAAGGUCAAAGCUUAAUACGUUCAUCAGAGAAAAGUUGGGCUUCUGAAAUAGAUAAUUGUACUAAAGAAGAGGUUGUCGAAUUAUUAUCCAAAGAGAAAUAUGCAAAUGAACAACUGCGUAAAUAUAUUGACGAUUUAAUUACACGAAUUAUUGAACGACAUCCAUCAUUGUUGGAGAUUGCAAGUGGAGGGGGUGGAUCAUAGAUUCAUGCUGUCUAUGAGUGUUUGCCGGUCCAUCCAACUAACUAACUGAUUUACUUAUUACUUGGAUAAAACUAUACAUAUACAACUUUGUAAAAGAGAUAUUUUCUAUUUACUUAUAUAUAUAUAUAUAUAUAUAUAUAUAUACUUAUCUAUAAAUUUUAUUUUCAAUAGACUACUAAUAACACCGAAAAUACAUAUCAUCAAAUUUUUUUUCUAUCAUAAACAAAGCAUACUAAUAACAAGUACAUAACCAUAUAUGUUGUGAAGGAAGUGUUUUUAUAUUUCUUUGUUUAUUCGAUUGUGAAACUCCUUUGUCUUUCGUGUCUCUCAUUUUUUAUUAUUAUUUUCGUUGAACUAUUUGUCAUGUAUGUUCUCUCUUUUGUUUGAAAAAUGAAAUCAUCAUCAUUAUUAUGUCAAGCGUAACCAGAACAUAGUGACAGUUAAUUGCACAUAUUAUCAUUAAUAUUCCUACUAAUAAGCUGUUUUUAGAUUGUUGAAUAUGUUUUCACUAAGUGUGAAAUGAAAUCUAGUGAUGCAAGCACUAUAAAAUUGCUUGUUCAUUCUUACAUUUUAUGCCAGAUUAACACGUAAAUAUUAUCAGGAUAAUGUAAACAUUCUGUGAUUAUUUAAAGUGUUUAUGAUUUUUUAAGUUUUUUUCUCUUUACUACUACUACUACUGUGUUUCAUUGUUAUAUGCCUUUUUGUUCAACCAUCAGUACUAAUGUUAAUAAAAUAAAGUUGGUCUCUUUCUUGGAAUUAUUUUUGCUCAAAAACAAAUAAUUUAUUUCAUUCCCAUGUCUUUGUUUUGCUGAAACCUAAUUGAUUUGAAGUAACAUGAUCAUAUUUCAUUCGACCAUCUAUAAUUUCUAGUCUUGUUUCCUGCGUGACAUUUUGUGUGACGAUUGUAGGAGAGUGAGAGAAGGGUGCUUCAUUUCUUAUGUUCAUGGAAUUAUAGAAAAUACUUUUUUUUAUUUUGGGAUCACCAUUCAUUAACAUACUACUACCAAUGCUAUUAAUACUAUGCCUUUUUUCAUGAAAACUUCCAUUUAUAGUUGAACUUAUUAUGAUGAUGAAAUCAUACUUACUCCUUUGCCAAUUUUACUUUUGUACUGUUCUUAUUUCUUGUUGGUAUCGAUUUUCUUACCUUCAUAGUCAUACAUAGCCAUGGAAAUGCUUCAAAAGUAAUCUGUUAACUGAAUCCUUGUUUUUUUUUAAAAAAAGAUAAAAUAUAUGUACACAUAUAUUAUAGUGUAUUUUUGCUCUGCCAUUACCUUCCUCUUUUUAUAUUCAUUUAAUCUAACUGGGAUGUUGUCUCUCGUCUGUUUCCUUGAUAAAUUCGAUGCUUUUUCAGUUUACUUACUGACUUCUAUGUUGUUUUCAAUAUUAUUCAAUUUUAAGCAUACAUACCUUGUAAAGAACUAGUGAUUAGUUGCUUGUUUUUCAUCGGUUGUCUGUUUUUUAAAUCCAAUUUAUUUAGGUAUGUUGAUGUGAACAGAAGUAAGCAUCAAAUUAAUGCUCUAUAAUCUUUCUAAACAUUAUUAAAGACCUGUAUACAUCAGAUAACAACAGCUGACGGACGGAUUUGUGUCACGUUCAUUACCCAAAAUACACAUUUCCGAUUUUUUUGUUUUGAUAAAUAUCAGCAUCAACUCAACGUUUACUAUUAUUAGUAGUAAUAUCUGCUGUUAUGCAGCAUAUAAACAUAAGAACUACUCUAUUGUGUAUUACUGUUACUAUUGUUAUUUCUUUUACACACAUAUUCAUCAUUCUUUUGUAUAGAUAACUAUUUGUUUGUGACGUUUUUUCAUUACCGGAUUUACUACUAUUAUAGAGACGAUCAUGUUGAUCACGAGGUUGUAAACACCAGUUUAAGUUGUUUACUUUUCAUCGAAUUAGCAAAAUACUCAAUAUUUUCAUUCGAUCGGUCUAAUAUUUUUUCAUUAUUAAUCUUUUCCCCACCUUUGUUGACAAAUGUUCUAUUUUUUUUUAAAUAAUAGAUUCACAUAUAAACAAACAAAUAUAUAUGGUUUAUUAUUAAAUAUAUGUUUAAUUGUUGAUU